CUCGAGUUCCUGAAGGAAGUUUUGGAAAUAUUGUUUUGAAUUUACUGCACCAGUGUGUAAGACUAUGCUGUAGUGUGUGUGUUUUUGAGGGCUUGUGUGUGAUGUCAGAGGGCAAAGUUUGGUUUUUCAGCAAGAGUGAAUGGUUUUGGGUGUAGAGCUUCAUUUUGACCUGAAAAUCGGAUGUUUGGGGAAUUGGUCAUGGAUUCCAGAUGCAUGGUGAUGGCAGCUCUGGGAAGACCUCUGUAUCCGGGCAUGCUGUAUGACUGCCGCAGCGACUCCAUUAUUCCAGGUGUUACCUUAUGGGAUAAGAAAUCAUCGAAUGAUGAUCUUGAUGUGCAUCAGCAGCCUAACACACAUCUGAAGUUUGCUGCCUCUGACACCCUCAGUGAUAAGGCUAAUCUUCUAGAUAUAAGCGCUUCCCUUAAAGCCAGUUUCCUAAGUGGUUUGGUGGAGGUUGGAGGAUCGGCCAAGUACCUGCAUGAUACCAAAUCCUCAGUACACCAGUGCAGAGUUACCAUGCAGUACAGACAGACAACAAAAUUUGAACAACUCACUAUGAAGGAGCUUGGCAAUAUCACCUAUCCACAAGUAUUUGACCAGCAAACAGCCACUCAUGUAGUUACAGCUGUACUGUAUGGGGCUCAGGCUUUCAUGGUGUUUGAUCAUACGACUGCAGAAAAUGAGAGCAAACAGGCUAUUGAAGGGAACCUUCACACAAUGGUCAAGAAGAUCCCUACCACUGCCCUAGAGGGAGAAGCAUCCGUAAAGAUUAAUGAAAAAGAAAAAAAAAUGGCUGAUAAUAUCAGCGUCACAUUUUAUGGUGACUAUGACCUUGAACAAAACCCCACCACAUACAAGGAAGCCGUGGAGGUGUACAAGAAGUUGCCCACUCUGCUGAAACAAAAAAAUAAUGAUGGCGUACCAGUGACUGUGUGGCUGCAUCCUCUCAAUCAUUUGGAUGCUAAGGCUGCUAAGUUGGUGAGAGAAAUCAGCACGAGCCUGGUGCAUAAAGCAGAAAAAUUGCUGGAGGAGCUUGGUGAAGUAGAGAGAAGAUGCAAUGAUUUGACUAAAAAUCAAACAACAGACAAUUUCCCUGAUGUAAAAGACAGGUUGCUACAGUUUCAGGACUUACACAGUUCUUAUAAGAGAGAAUUCCAGAAGGCACUGUCCAGAGUUUUGCCCGCUAUUCGGGGUGGGACAGAAGACGACAAGGCACUGAGGGACAUCCUGAACAUCCAUUACAUGUCACCCUUCACAGCUAGCAACAUGAAAAAUUGGUUAGACGACAUUACAGCUGAAAUAAAUAUACUGAGUUCCUAUACCAGUGGGCUGAAGGACCUGACAGUUGUGAAAUCAUCUGGGUCUCUCCAUUCCAUCCUCUUUGAUGUUGACGUUGAUGUGGUGGUUUGCUUGUCAUUUACAUCUUUAAGGAAUGAAGACUCCUACCUUGUGGCUUUACAAGACUUUGUGAGCUCUGAAGGGUUUGCAAAUUUGGGGCAAAAACAUGCAAAAGAUUUCUCACUCCAAGCAACACAGCCCUGGUUCACUUCUCCUGAAAUCUCUGAACGCAUGAUGAAGAAUUUUUCUCUCUUUACAAGUUUUUCAAAGGCCAAUAAAAAUGAGAAGAGAAUCAAAUUCGUUGUUGCCUCCAUCCCCGACUCCAGCAAUCCAGGAAACUCCAUCCAACUUUAUCAGAAAAGCAAACCGACAAAUCCUAAGUUCCAGCCUGUAUCCAAACCUCCCAAACCCAAGGUGGAGACCAGUGAUGCUAAAGUCACCCUAAAGCUUUCAAAAUCCCCAACUGGAGAGACGGUUCAGUUCAGAGUUGAGUAUAGGAUGACACCACCAACUGAUUCAGCAGCUGAUGUUGAUGCAUGGAAAGUCACAGACACUUCAGAUGCACAGACCAGCUUUACACUGACUGGACUAAAGCCAGAAGAACAAUACUGGGUCCGAUACAGAGCUGUUAGUGAUGUGGGAGUGAGUGAAGCCAGCGACUCUGUCCCCUUCUCAUUUCAUGGGAGGUUCGAUGUCACAGUGGGCCAGUGGGACUUCUCCAUGCCUCCCCUCUUUAAUAAACUAAGGACUAAAAUAAUGACCAGUAUGGGCAUGUCACGAUGGUCUCUCUCUACUAUCAAGUCAGAGGUUACAAAUGUUGUCAACAGUCAUAGCAUUCCUUACAUUUACACAAUUCCUGGAGGGCUGAGAGCAGGAAUGGCUUUGUACUUCCAAGGGGUUGUUUCUGCAACGGGACAAUCGUUUAUAUUCGAUUUUAAAGCCUGGCUGAAGAGUGAUGACAUCGCUUUUCACUUCAGGCCUAUGAUCAGUAAAUGGAUUUGCUGUGACAGUCUGAGGAACGGGAAGUGGGAGAAACAAGAAAAUACACCAGGGUGUCAAAUUUCCAAAGGAUCAGUCUUUGACAUCUUUAUUGUGACCAAAACAGAAGGUUAUGAGGUAUAUGUAAAUGGGCAGAGAUCUUGCCUGUUCAAGCAUCGCAUGCCAGUGGAGAAUCUGACUGCAGUUCACAUUCAUGGAGAUGUCAUAAUGAACACUGUUGGUAUUGUUGCAAACUGGAGCACAUCUACUUUUGGUAAGGAACUAAACUCUGGCAUCUCACGCACAAAGAUUUCUAACAUCCAGUCUGAUGUGCCACAUCCAGUCUGUAGCCCUAGCAAAUCAUAUUUCAAAUCAAUCCCUGGAGGCUUGAGACCUGGUGUGGCUUUAUUCUUCCAAGGAGUUGUUCCUUCAGAUUGUGAACGCUUUCAAAUAGAUUUGCAGACUGGGCCAAAAGACAUCGCUCUCCACUUCAACCCCCGCAUGCACUCUGUGGUACUUAACAGCUGCAGGAAUGGGACAUGGGAAACCGAAGUAUAUAUUCAGGGAGGCCCAUUUGUCAAAGGAGGAGCCUUUGAUAUCAUCAUGGUUAUUAAACCAGAAGGCUAUGAGGUGAUAGUGAAUGGCCUGCUGUAUUGCACGUUCGAUCACCGUAUGCCAGUGGACAAAGUGACUACAGUUGGCAUUACGCGAGACGUCUUCAUGAACAUCUUCGGCAUUAUUGAAGUGGAUGAUAUUAAUCUGAAAGUCACCAUUCCGGCCAAUAUUUGAGGAUUCGAAUCUUCCCCAAAAGCAAUUCCCUUGACAAUUUUCAAGAGAUUUUUUUGUUAUAUUCUGCUCAAGUGUAUCAGACAACAGACCAUGGGCAUGAUUUGUUUUUUUAUUAAUCAGUUUUUUUUUUUCCUCUUAAGCAUUUUUAUGAGAUUUUUGUAGCUUAUUAUUGUUGGAAAUGAAUGCUAUAUACUCUUUACUACAGUAUUAUUGUACUUUAAUUAUAGUAAAUAAUACAGGUAAUUUGCUUUAGUCUAUAUAUAGACACCUUUGCAGCAGAAAUUAGAGUAGUCCAUGGCUAACACACAGUAAAUAAAUGUAGGUUUCUGUCUCGAUGGAUGAGCUGUGUACUCUGUCAAAUAUCCUUUUUAGAUGAACCCAUCUUCCAGUAACAGAGGUUUUAGAUAAAAAAAACAUUCAGUGCAAUCGAGGUCUGGUAAUUAGCUAUUGUAACAAACCAAGAGUUCACUAGGGAACAUUUUCUGAUUAACAUUUUUCAUCUGAUUAAAAACCUCAUCAGUCACAAAAGUCUGCACUGUGCAUUUCAUUCAGCCAGAUAUGCCAAAAACAAGCAGGGUUCUGUACAUCCCUUCAUAUUAACACCAAAUACAAGGUUGAAGUUUACACAGUUUCUUAUUUAAGUUGUCAGUUCCACCUUAAAUACUGAUGCAAACACAAUAUUGUACCUGUAGAGAGCACUCAUUGCUCAUUUCUAAAAACAUGAUCCAUGUGCAGAAUUGUAAAGCAUAAAUGAAUUUGCUAAUUAUACAUCUUGCCCAAAUGUAUUAUGGUAUGAGUUGUUUUCGGGUUAUUACCAAUUGGAAAACGAUUUACUUCUUGAUUAAAACAUUUUAACAAUGUACUGAUUAAAAUCAUUGAAUUUUGACA